UCCUCUUUAGUGCGGGCUUGACCCAGUCAAGUUUCGGGGACAACUGAAGUCUGUUUAUGAGGAAGUGAGGACCCACUGAAGUGUCACGCCCCCCUUUUCCGUUCUCCACUCACGGCUGCUCUCUCCUCCGCCGAGCAUCCACAGCUGACAGAGCAGCCAACCACGGAUGCUUCGAACAGCACUCUUCACUAGCAUCAACAUGGGGCCGCUUCUUUCCGGGCUCUGCUGGGUCCUUCUGGCGGCUCGUGUCGGCGGUUUAACCGGCGACGAGGACCAGAACCAGGACACCGAGUGCAAGAUGAAGAGUGUGACAGUGUCGGCGCUGCCGUUUCUCAGGGAAAACGACCUGAGCAUCAUGCACAGCCCCUCGGCCUCUGAGCCGAAGCUGCUGUUCUCCGUCAGGAACGAUUUCCCCGGCGACGUGGUGGUGGUGGACGACCUGGAGAACACCGAGCUCCCCUUCUUCGUCCUCGAGAUCUCUGGGAAUUCAGAGGACAUCCCUCUGGUGCGCUGGAGGCAACAGUGGCUGGAAAAUGGCACUCUGCUCUUCCACAUCCAUCACCAGGAUGGCGGCCUUAACCUUCCUGAACCGACCGAAGAUCCAGCGGACAGUGCAGCCAAAGAAGAGAUGCGCAUCCUCCACAUUUCCGUCAUGGGUGGCAUGAUUGCCCUUCUGCUUUCAAUCCUGUGCCUGGUCCUCAUCCUGUACACUCGGAGACGCUGGUGUAAACGCCGCCGUGUGCCGCAGCCCCAGAAGAGCGCCAGCGCUGAGGCAGCCAAUGAAAUUCACUACAUCCCGUCUGUGCUGAUGGGUGGACAGGCCAGAGAGAGCCUGAGGAAUUCCCGGGGUCAAGGCCCCAACUCAAGUGGAACCCUCAGCAUUCGGGAGACGCCGAUUCUGGAUGGGUACAAGUACGAGUAUGACAUCGCAGACCUUCGUCACCAUCUGCAGCGGGAGUGCAUGAAUGGAGGGGAGGAGUUUGCCAGCCAAGUGGGUCGCACGCUGGACUCCCUCCAGGGCUGUAAUGACAAAAACAAUAUUGACCUCACACCUGUGAGUGACAACACCAAGCUGGCUCUAAUGAACAAAUACAAGGACAACAUCAUCGCCACAAGUCCAAUCGACAGCAACCACCAGCAGAACACGCUUCUCCCACACAACACCUCCACUAGCCAACGCAAGCGUCUCUCCAGCAACACCCGCGCGGGUUCAACAUUCUUGAACCCAGACGGGGACUCUGGCACAGAGGCAGACAGCGAGCCUCAGCUGGCCUUUUACACCGACCCAAAUCGCAGUCGCCGCCGGAGUCGAGGUAUGAGAAAUGGUAACGCCAACAGCGCGUGGGGCUCAGGGGCGUUGAUGUUAAUCCCCUUCAAAGCAGGUUCUCCACGGAGCCCCCUCAGUAAGACCACCCUGACGCUAAUCGGUGUCAUCAGCUGCGUGAUCAGCCUGGUUUACGCCUCCCAUAUGUCCUGCAGCCUCUCAGUUCGAGUGAUCUUGCAUGUUCCUGAGCACCUGAUUGCUGACGGGUCAAGGUUCAUUCUGCUCCAGGGGAGUCAGUUGGAUGCAUCCGAUUGGCUGAACCCUGCCCAGAUCUUACUGUACUACCAGCAGAAUGCCAGCGGACCAUGGGCCAAUGAACUGUGUGGUCGGCGUCUUCUGGACCCGUGUGAGCAUCAGUGCGACCCAGAGACAGGCGAAUGUCUUUGCCUUGACGGAUACAUGAAGGAUCCUGUCCACAAGCACCUCUGCAUCCGAAGUGAAUGGGGGCCCAAUCAGGGUCCCUGGCCUUACACCAUCUUCCAGAGAGGUUUUGAUCUUGUGAUGGGAGAACAACCCUCUGAUCGCAUUUUCAGGUUCACAUACACCCUGGGAGAGGGAAUGUGGCUGCCGCUGAGUAAAAGCUUUGUGAUUCCCCCUGCUGAGCUCGCCAUCAACCCCUCAGCCAAGUGCAAGACUGAUAUGACGGUCAUGGAGGAUGCUGUUGAUGUUCGAGAAGAGCUGAUGAUCAGUUCAUCAUUUGACUCCCUGGAGGUUCUCCUCGACUCAUUCGGUCCUGUCCGAGACUGCACAAAAGAUAAUGGAGGCUGUAGCCGCAACUUCCGCUGCAUCUCCGAUCGCAAACUGGAUUCCACAGGAUGUGUGUGCCCACCUGGCUUGAGUCCAAUGAAGGAUGGUACUGGAUGCUAUGACCACCGCAUUGGCAUUGACUGCUCUGAUGGAUUCAACGGCGGCUGCGAGCAGCUGUGUCUCCAGCAGCUGGCCCCUCUUGAGGAUGACCCGACGCUGUACAACAUCCAGAUGUUCUGUGGAUGCAUCGAAGACUACAAGCGGGGGCCAGAUGGGAGGUCGUGCCUGCCCCUGUCUGAAGCCUGCACUGAGGGCGUUGACUGUGGAGAAGCGACGGACAUCCCUGCAAACCAGACUGUGUUCGGAGACCUCUUUUACGGAUACAACAACCACACCAAAGAGAGCACCUCUGGCCAGAUCCUUAAGGCUACAUUCAGACAGAAGAACUUUGCCCGAGGCAUCGAGCAGCAGCUCCCAGAUGGCAUGGUGGUGGCCUCCGUGCCAACAGAAGUCCAGUGCCACGAAGAGCUGUCGGAUCCCGUGCCCGACCCAGAAUACCUCACCGGCAUGGUGAACUACAGUGAGGUCUCUGGCUACCCCCUGGUUCAGCACUGGAAUCUCCGCUCCGUUCUGUACCACGUCAAACUCAAUCAAUGGGUCCUGUCUCAAGCCUUCAGCUCGGCCAUCCAUUCUCUAGAUGGAGCAACUCAGCGGAGCGACUUUGUCUCCAUCCUCAGGGAGUUUGGGAACCACUAUGUGCAGGAGGCUGUGUAUGGCUUCCAAGAGUCCUGUACCAUCUGGUACCCCAACAAGCAGGUUCAGCGACAGCUGUGGUUAGAGUACCAGGACAUCAGCAAAGGGAACUCUCCGUCGGAGGAAUCAGAGGAGCGCGACAAGGAGGCCAGGACGCUGACGUAUCCUGCGUACAUCGCCAGUCUGCUGGACACCGGGGCCAAGCGCAUGGCGGCAGGCGUGCGGAUGGACUGUACCAGCCAGGGUCAGUGUCCAAGGUCGUGUCACCUCUGCCACAUGAGCCCCCGAGCCGCACAAGGGCGACAGCUGUCGGAGCCAGUUCUGCUGCAAAUCACCAAGGCUGCACCGAUAUAUGAGCUUGUGUCCAACAAUGAAACAUAUCAGGCUCUGCAGGAGGCCAUGAUGAGCAUGCUGUGGUGCUCGGGGAAGGGUGAUGUUAUUGAUGACUGGUGUCGCUGUGACUCCACCGCCUUUGGCUCCAACGGGCUUCCCACCUGCGCCCCACUUCCACAACCAAUGCUGAAGUUGUCUUACACCUACGAGCCCAGCAGCUCAUUGGUCAUCAUGGAAUGGAACCACACCGAGCCGCCUAUUGGUGUGCGGAUCAUCGACUACCUCAUCAGCCAGGAGAAGGUGACGGAGAGGACUGACCACUCCAAAGUUGAAACAGAAACACUUUUAAGCUUUGUUGAUGACAUCUUGUCCGGAGCCAGAUCCCCAUGUGUGAUGCUGGGAGACAUUCCGAACCUCCAGUCGUCCUCCAUCAGUAUGAUCAUCCGCUGCCUGGAACCUGACACCACAUACAUGUUCCGCUUAUGGGCAGUAGACAACACAGGCCGGCGGUCCAGCCCCAGUGAGGUCACCAUCAAGACUCCGUGUCCAACUGUGGAUGACGUCAAAGCCCAAGAAAUCGCAGAUAAAAUCUACAACCUGUUCAACGGCUACACGAGUGGCAAGGAGCAGCAGACAGCGUACAACACUCUCAUGGACCUGGGCCCCCCCACGCUGCACCGAGUGCUCUACCACUACAACCAGCGCUACGAGAGCUUCGGCGAAUUCACCUGGAGGUGUGAGGACGAGCUGGGACCCAGGAAGGCCGGACUCAUCCUCUCCCAGCUGGACGAGCUCUCGCCCUGGUGCAAGGGUCUCCUCCAGGAGCCCAAGAUCGGCCUCCGCCGGAUGUCCCUCAAGUUCCUGUCCUGCCGCUACACCGACACCAAAACCUUCGGCCUGAACUGGGCCGACAGCCAGGAUGUGCACAAGGCCUGUGAGGAGCAGAUGCUCACCGUCAUGUACAAUGACUACGGCGAGCCGAAGGAGCUCUGAGUGAGAGUCAGGAGAGCAGAAUUUAUAACAAACCAGAUCAGCCAGAUUCAUUAACAUGUUAUUUAGUGUACAUUAAAAUACAGUAAAAAAUAUUUCUGACUAAAAUAACAAUGUAUGUAGCUGGGGAAAACCUCAUUGCAGUUCCACUUUACACACAUUUAUCUUUGAGUAUGAUCUUUUUCUCUUAUGAAUCAUGAACAUAGUGACAUGUACGUGAGGUUUCAUGAAACAGUGUCCUGAUUUUCAAAGGCCACCUGAUGGCGCUGUCUGCUGUAAAACGUUUUUGAGCAACUAAUUCAAUGAAACCUCACAUCAUUUCUAAAUCAAGAGCACCAUAUAGUGGCCUCUGGAAAUUAGGACACUGUUUCAUCAACCCUGCAAUACUGUUUCAUGACGCCUCAUCGACCCAUCACUAUGAAAUGAUCUUGCGUGUAAACUGUGACAACUGCGCUGUUUUCGAUGUCAUUUGUUUUUGCCAGCUGAUCAAUGGAGUAUUAUUCUGUAAAUAUAAAAUAUGUAGUGUAGUUUGCUCUCGAACACUGUUGAAUGUGACUUCAGACAGUUUUUUUAAAUUGAAAUUGAUCGUCAAACUUUACUAUAAUUUAUGCGUUAAGUUAGUUUUAGGUUGUUCCAACAUUUCUGUUUAAAGCAGCACAAGAACAUGAAGGCGGUUUGAUAUUCGUCUUCGACAUUUGUACAUGUGUUUUGUUUUUUUAUCAUCUUGCUUAAAUCCGCCCGUUUUUGAGCAGAAGAGAUAAAAAAAAAAAGCUUUAAACAUCCCAAAAAUUAUGACCACUUUAAAGGCAGUUUGGCUAUUAAUGAGUACUGAAAAAAUGAAGAGCCAUAAAUGAUCUGUUAUAAAGCAGUUGUAAAUCUGCGAUUGAAAAACUUGAUAUGAAUACUAGAAAAUCCUAUGAAAAAUAUUGUCAUUCCCAUUAUACACAAUUGCAGUGCUAGUAAAGGUCAAAAGUAUUUGGUGGUAACCUGCUUUAUGUUGUGCUUGCAAACAACGUGACUAAAACAUUCUAACUUGUGACGGUCGCACCAUGUGCUUUAAGUUAAGAGCUGCCUUUUGUAUUGAACCUUUUCAACUGUGGUCUAUGCUGAAGUACAUGUGGAUGGGAAAGUCACAUGUCAAUAUGAACACUUGUAGAUUAUGUGUACAGGCGACAAAGUAUUUCAUAAUGCAAAAGUUUGAGCUCUUGUUGUUUCAGUUCUGUACAUACUUUUCAUUUAUGUGUUGCUGGUACUUGUGUGUACUCCAGUGUGUGGCGCCACCUUCGUCUUUCAUCACUGCCCCCCAAAAGAAAAUAUAAAUUCUAUUCAGUUAUAGGUUUAGGGGGAGGAGGGUGUUGCCGUGGCAACCAUUGACGGAAGUGCCGAAAGACAUAGAAGAGUAAUGAAAUAAUCCUUAAAUGUAUAGAAGAUUGAAGACACUGGUGCAGCUUGACUGCAGCUCAGCAGCAUGUGCACAUAUUGCGGAUGACUCCUCAAGAUUGCGUGUGCUAAGGUGUUGGAAACACAGCUGUUCUAAGUUUUUGUGAUGAGUUCGCAGAGUCAAAACAAAAGCAUUCUUUCUCGGCACAGCUUUUAAAACCCAGACACAAAUUCUUAAACAUGGGAAUGAGGAAACUCACACAUCACAUCGAUGAGAUGAAGUGAGAGUUGAUCACAUCACAUCACAGUAGAAUAAAACAUCCACUACUGGAGACUUGAGCCGACACACAACCUGCAGACAGAAAACCACGAUGAAACAUAUAUAAAACACAUUAAAUAAAAGACGUUUAUCUCUUUAAAAAACUGGCAGCUUAAGAUACUGGAUCGAAAAUGUCUUCUUAAAGGGGCCCUAUUGUGGGUUUUUUUCUCUAGUAAGCUUGGCAUCAAAAUAAUUUUUUGAUGUUUGUUUUUAUGAGGUAUUUUAUAAGAUAAGAGUGACAACUGACAAGGACUACAAAAUGGCAGCUAGCGUGCCGUGUGUUUGUGAAAUAAGCUCCAGUGGUUUCAGUUUCAUAAACUCUGAGUCCAAGGAGACAGAUCUUAUAACUCAUUCAACUCAUCUGUAAACCGUCCUUUUUCAAAACCUAGUUCUCCCCAUGGAGUGUUACAUUGGUAUUCAUUAUUGUAUAUAUUUCUGAAGUAUUAGUGGCUGAAAUAUAAACCAGUGAGCCUCACUAAACCUGGAUCCCCUUUAUGAAAUGGAAAGAAAUAUUUGCUGCAUAGUGAAUCUCUCUGAAGUGGAGUAACGUUGUUAAUCCUUCAGUAUAUGUUCAGCUGAUGCUCCCUCAUGCUUACACUGUGGAUGACUCCUCAAAUAUGGGAAAGCGCAAUGGGAUGUUCCACCAUCUCCUCAGUUGAAUCACGGCAGCCAUGUCACACCUGCGCACUGUUGACAGACAGGCUUGAGACCUGCCCACCACCUUGCUCUCAGGUGUGAUAAUCAGCUUGUGCUUGCUGAGUGAAACAAUUCUCCUCCCAGAACUCACAACACACAUUCAGUGGCUUACGCUGUGUUCUGGCCCCUUAAAAAUUGCUGACCUUUGUGUGCUCUCAGUUGGUGGCUUUGUACUUUUUCUUAGUGUGUGCAAUCUGUUUGCAUGCAUGUUAGUACACGCAAGACUUCGGUGGAUCUGACUCCUACUUUUACUUCUGCAUGUGACUCUACUUUUACACUUUUGACCAUUAAAAAUGAAUAAAGAUGGGAUUAUGGAUUAAGCAGGUUCUCGCUGGAUGAGUCAUUUGCACUCCACUGCUCAUGCAUAUAGCGGGACAUUUCAGGUUCACUGGUGAAGACACAGGUGUUUAUUGCUUCGCAAGCUGAAGCAUAUUUUGUGCUUUCUGUCUUCUGUUGAUGGUCAGAUGAAACAAAAAUCGCACACAGAGACACCCUCAGCACGUUCUCAUUCCCACGGCAUUCACCAACCUUUUGCAAUGAACUUCUGUGGCAGUUUUAUUUGAUGCUUUGGGAGCGAGAAUGCUGGAUGUUGUGAAUUCCUGCAUCUGCUGCGAUCAGCUUCUUCAUCUUGUUGAUGAAUUUUCUGCGGACGUCACUGUAAAACCUGGGCUCUCCUUGGCGCCACGACUUGAACCCUAAUCCAACAGUUUGUCACAUGUCAUUGCACCUAUAGUUUGUAAAUCAGCCGUCUUUGCAGCUUAAGCAGUGUUUUGCUUGAGAGAACACCAUCCCCACUGUCCAGCACGGUGGUGGGAACUUAUUGGUUUUGGGGUGUUUCACAGCCACUGGAACGGGGAACUUAAUUAUGCCACCAUGAAGAAAGAUUCACAAAUACAUCACACAGCUUGGCCGUAGUGAAAGGUGCAGAAGCAGUCAGCUGAAAGCAACAUCAAGGCCUUGAGUCCGAGUCUUGAAUCGGAAUGAGAAUCUGAGGGCGGUGCUGAAGAUCAGGGUGCAAGGAGACCCGCCAACUUGACAGAUAUAUGGCAGUAAACAGUGUGGUCUUCAAAAUGAAACUCUCACUCGAGGUUGAUAUAAAGUUGCAGUUUAUUUUAUGACAGAUAACACAGUAAAAUACCACGGAGAAUAUGCUUACACAUGGGUGGAUAUUUAAUGAGAUUUGUCACCAAGAAAAUAUUUAAAUAUUACGAUUAAAAGCAGCUGUGCAUGGAAUGAUAAUGAUGAUACGUGAUAAGUAUAUGUACAGGCUCUCAUACGUUGUGGCUUCAUUCUGUUGAUCAUGUGACUGGAUAUGCGCUGUCUUCAACUUCUACACAGUGAGUCAGGCUUGAGCAAAAUUCCCAACUGAAUUGAGUCCAUCUCCUAAAUUCAAAUUCUAUUCCAUCAAUUUGGAUUUGGAGGUUGAAGUUACACAAGAAGUGGAAUUGAAAUUCAAAUGAAUGGGAUUUCUCCGAAUUGCAGUGAAUUCAAUUCCACUUCCUGUAAAUUCAAACCAACAUCCUGAGGUUUGGGGCCAAUUCAAUUCCCAAUUCUGGGUUUUGCACAAGCCUGACCUCAUUUAGAGGGAUGAAAAACUGAACACACAACUCCUUCCUCAUCCAUGAUAACAGUACAUUAACAUUACACACGAUGAUCUUUGGAAACACGGUCUAUCCUUCGUUCAAACAGCUCAAAGAGUGAAGUGCGUACAACUGACCUUCAUUACGAACUUCAAUGACAUUCUCAAACUAUUCUCGUGUCAACAAGCUAAACUCCAUCUCUUUGGUUGAAUUCAAGCCAGGCGCUUAAAAGCUAGACAGCAACCAAAUUCGUCAAAAUACACAGCCCCCGCAACCCCCACCCCCAUCCUGCCCUCCUUCAAUCAUCAUCCUCCUGCAGCGUCUUGUUUUUGUUCUCAUCGGCUUCCGGGUCGCGACACGUGCACUCGUCCUCGGUGCAAUCCACCCCAAACUGAAUGACCUGAAGAAAGAAAAAAUAAAAUCAUAUUCA